CAGCUGCAGCAUGUCUGUGAGCUGUGGACCACUGGGAACAUCUCUGACUCAGGAGAUCCUCAGAUCCCUGGGCCUUGCCGACAAGACUGCGGCCUGGGGAACCCUGGGCACCCUCAGGACGUUCUUGAGCUUCAGUGUGGACAAGGAUGUACAAAGACUGCUGAAGGCCAUUGCAGGCCAAGGUGUGGACUGCAGUACCAUUGUGGAUGUACUGACCAAUCGCAGCAGAGAGCAAAGACAGCUCAUUUCUCGAGCCUUCCAAGAGCGCACCAAACAGGAUCUAUUGAAGUCCUUGCAAGCAGCACUCUCUGGCAACCUGGAGAAGAUCGUGGUGGCUCUCCUACAGCCUGCAGCCCAAUUUGAUGCCCAGGAGUUGAGGACAGCCUUGAAGACCUCUGGUUCUGCUGAAGAUGUAGCCUUGGAAAUCCUGGCCACCCGAGCAGCGCCCCGACUGCAGGAGUGCCUGGCAGUGUAUAAACAUGAUUUCCAGGUGGAGGCUCAGGAAGAUAUCAGGACGGAGACCAAUGGCAUCCUGCAGGACCUGCUUCUGGCCCUGAGCAAGGGGGCUCGUGAGAGCUACUCUGGAGUCAUUGAUUACAACUUGGAGGAACAAGAUGUGCAGGCGCUCCAGCAGACUGGAGAACCCAGUGCAGGUCAAUGGGUCCUGCUCUUUACACAGCGCAGUCCCGAACACCUCAUCCGAGUGUUUGAUCUGUACCGGAGAUGCACUGGCCAAGAACUGGAGGAUGCUAUCCGGAACUGUUUCCAUGGAGACGCCCAGCGGGCUCUGAUCAGCCUAGCUUCCAUGAUGAGAAACACAGCACUGUACUUUGCUAACAAACUCCACCAAGCCCUCCAGGAAACUGAGCCCAAUUUCCGAGUGCUGAUGCGGGUCCUUAUCUCCCGAAGCGAGAGUGACCUUCUAAGCAUUCGGGCUGAGUUCAAGAAGAAAUUUGGGAAGUCUCUCUAUUCUUCUCUCCAGGAUGCAGUUGGAGGGGAUUGUCGUUCAGCCCUCCUGGCCCUGUGUAGAGCAGAAGAUAUCUGAGACCUUCCCCACCCACCCUGACAUGACAUUCAGAAAUCUGAGGUUCCCCAUAUUUGGUUGAACAC